AGAGCCGAAGAUGUUGGCUCGGUCAUGUGAUCAGCUGUGUCCAAUCACAGCUGAUCACAUAGGGGACAUGUACACUGAUCAUGAGGGCAAUGAUGAUCAGUGUGCCCUGAUGAUCUGUGUAGCCCCAGCAGUGCCACCUGUCAGUGUCCAUCAGUGCCAGCUGUCAGUGCUCAUCCAUGCCACCUGCCAGUGCCCAUCAGUGCCACAUUUCAGUGCCUACCAGUGCACAUCAAUGCCACAUAUCAGUGCCCAUCUGAGCUGCCUUUCAGUGUCACCCAUCAGUGCCAAUCAGUGCCACCUAUAAAUGCCAGUCAGUGCCACCUAUCAGUGCUGCCAAUCAGUGCCACGUAUUAGUGCCAGUCAGUGCCGCCUAUCAGUACCCACCAGUGCUGCCUAUCAGUGCUGCCUAACAGUGCCAGUCAGUGCCAUCUAACAGUG